UCUUGGCUUUAUUCCCUGUUAUUUGGUGGUAAAUUUGGGGGUAAAUUUGGCCCCUAGACGUUCAUUGGUGGUGGAUAAGGGAGACCCUAUAAUUCCUUUCUGCUUCUCAUCCUGUCCCUCGCCUGCGCCUAUCAAAUGCUUUCUCUGGACAAUGCAGGAUGGCUGGCCCCAUACAUCGCCCCGUUUAUAGCUCUCUCCUAUCCAACCGGUACCCCACCAAACGUAGAUUCUUUCCCAGACGCUGCCUACUAUCAAACGGGGCCAAAAGAUUUCUGUUUGAUCAUAACAUGUAUUGCUAUAAUGGCCGUCGUUCGUGACGCGUUCAGGCUCGCUGCGUGCGAGCCCUUUGCGCGAUGGAAGUUGACGAGGGAUUACGAGGCGCGGUGGGCACGAACGACCAAUGGUGCUGUACACGCCAAGGCGAAUGGCAUCCCCAGUGGCAACGGUAAUGGUCAUUCCAUACCACGUUCGCGCAGGAGGGAUAUGCGAAAAAUUCAUCGAAGCGUGAUGCGAUUCGCGGAACAAGGAUAUCAGGCACUUUACUAUACGGUGAUGUGGUGUUUUGGUUUCUACGUUCACCUUAAACUGCCAACUACCGUCUCCAAUCCCACUGAGGUCUGGAUGGGUUAUCCUCACAUGCCCAUCGCUGGACCUUUGAAGGUCUACUAUCUAACCGAAACCGCUUUCUAUCUACAUCAAAUACUCAUCAUCAAUGCAGAGGCCAAGAGAAAAGAUCACUGGCAAAUGAUGGCCCACCACUUUAUCACCGUUUUUCUCAUGAGCACCAGCUAUUACUACAAUUUCACUCGUGUCGGUUGCUUGAUCAUGGUUCUGAUGGACUGGUGUGACGUUUUCCUCCCUAUGGCCAAAAUGCUCCGUUAUUUGGAAGUCGCACAAGUUGUUUGUGAUACAUUCUUUGCCUGGUUCAUGAUUUCAUGGUUUGUUACGCGCCACGUACUGUUCAAUUUUGUUAUCAAGUCUUCACUUUACGACCUUCCACGACUUGUGACGUUCCAAUGGCGCCCACACUCUGGACAUUUCAUGACCAGAGGAUCCUAUGUCAUGUUCAACGUGUGUCUGAUCACAUUGCAGAUAUUACAGAUGAUAUGGUUUGCGACCAUUUGCCGAGUAGCAUGGGGCGUGGUGUCGGGUAAAGGCGCCUCUGACAGUCGGAGUGACGACGAAGAUAAUGGUGACAUGGAGUCUGAAAAUGACAAGGACAAGUAGCCUUAGAUCAGAAUCAGUCUGUUGCAGGGCAACUUGGUUUUCCGUGCGCCAUCUUUUGCAACAGAGGAUGUUAUUUCCUCGCGUGAGAAGUCCUUGAGUAACUAUGAAUACAACUCAGAAAUAUGCGAAGUGAGGCCGGAUUCAACACGUAUUCGGGAAGCUU